AUGAGCGCUCGAGAAACCGGUUCCUUAUCGACUACUUCAGCACACACUUAUGGCCACACUUCGAUCGUAUACAAGAGCAAUGGAAGUGAAAUCAUAACCGGUGGCAACGACUCGCUUGUUCAUGUGUACAACGUCAACGACAUUACGGCUGAACCCACAGUGAUAACAGAGCACACCGAAGCCGUCAUUACGCUUAUUUGCAACAAAGAAGGCUUUGUCAGUGCUGGUGAAGAUGGUGCCGUGAUCCAUUAUCGCAACAAUACCAACGCCUUUGAUAAAUAUCUGGCAAGAAGCACAGUGCCUGUACGAUGUCUCUCUUACAGUGCCAAUGGUACCAAGGUUGCAGUGGCUUCAGAUGAAGAUGUCAUUCGCUUGAUCUUGAUCCAGGAUAUCACCAAGGUUGUCGCUUUGUAUGGCCAUAAAAAGACUGUCAAGUGCGUAGCCCAUUCGCCAGUGGAUGAUUAUUUGCUGUCUUCGGAUUGUGAUGGCGAUGUUCUUAUUUGGGAUUUGAAUCAUUCGGAUGGUGUGCCCAAGGCUGUCAAGACAUUGAAUGGUGCUGUCACCAAGGCUGACUCGGAAUCCAACAUUUUGGGAACAGUGGCAUGGAGACCUGAUGGUAAACAAUUUGCGUUUGCUGGUCGGAUCUUUGAUAUUUGUGUCUACAAUACCAAGGGAUGGAGCAAGGUUGCGUCAUUGGAAGAUGGCCAUUAUGAUGAAAUUUCUACAUUGGCAUGGUCACCAAGUGGUCAUUAUUUGUGCACGGCUGGCAGAGACAAGCAAGUGAUUAUUUGGCACGUGGAACAAAAAAAGAUUCUUGCCAAGCGUGACAGCAAGGAUGUUGUAUCAGGAAUUGCAUGGAGUCCCACAGAGAAUCAGCUUGCAUUUACCGAUUGCCAAGGACAACUAUCACUGUGGAAGAAUCCUAUCGAUACCAAUGGAGGAUUGCCUCAUCCUGCAAAACGACAAAACGCCAUCGAUGAAUUGGACAAGCUUUUUGAUGAGGACAUGUCACAGCUCAACAUUGGUGAACGUUCAAAGCCAAAGUCAAAACCCAAGAAUGAUCUUAUUGAUGGUGAAGCUGAGGACGAUGCUGGUGAUGAUGAUGAUGGUGACGAUCUUGAGGAUCAAGGUGAAGAUCUCGAAGGCGAUGUUGAGAUGAUGUCAGAUAUGGAUGAUUUUGUCAUUGAUGACGAUGGCGCUGGCUAUGUGGAAGAACGUAAUGGGGCUGCUGGCAGCCGACCAGGUGCUAUGGUGCGUACAGCUACAUCACGAGGUCCUGUUCAUCGACUCACUGAACAACCAUGUUUUCAACCUGGUGCAACAUCGUUCCGUAAUAUGGAUCCAACGAAUCCAAGUAUACCACGCGAGGGCGAAAGAAGAUAUUUGGCUUUCAACAUGUUUGGCGUUGUUUACACCAUCUAUCAAGGCACACAUUCGGUUGUCAGCGUUGAAUUCCACAACCAAUCCAAUCAUCGCAACUUUCACUUUUCCGAUUACAUGCAUUAUACGAUGGCAGCUAUUGGCGAAGAAGGCGCUGUGUUUGCCGUAGCUGGUGGUGACAGCAAGCCUGUGGAUGAUGAUAUUGAAGACAAUGAAACAGCCAAAGCGUCUGUAUUGCAUUAUCGACCUUUGAGUAAUUGGGCUGGUGGAUCAGAAUGGACCGUCUAUUUACCGCCUGGCGAGGAUGUUGAGAGUGUGGCCAUCAACAAUGGCUCUGUGAUUGCAGCCACAUCAGCCGGCUAUGUUCGAAUGUAUACCAUUGCAGGUGUUCAAAUUCAUCUCUUCCGGCUUGAGAAUAUUGUCAGCAUGGUUGGUCACGGCUCAUUGGCUAUGUUUGUUUACAAACUCGGCACCAGCUUUGAUGGCUAUCAAAAUUUAGAAUUCAUGUUGAUGGAUACGCUGUCACAGGAUGUUAUACAAAAGGACAGGCUACCCCUUCAGAGGAACACUCAGCUUACUUGGAUUGGAUUCAGUGAAGCAAUGCAAGCUGCCAUGGCCGAUUCUACGGGUGUCGUCAGUGUUUUGCAUCGCCAAAGGAUGAUGGGACAAUCCUCGUGGGUACCAAUAUUUGAUGGAGAAGCUGUUGCACAUGCACACCAACGCACAGAACGUUACUGGCCUAUUGGAUUGAUGCGAAACGAAUUGAUGUGCCUUGUGGUCAAGGGUAGCAACAAGGCACCUUAUUUCCCACGACCACCUGUUGAUAAUGUGGGAUUGAGAAUGCCAACGACGCACUAUGAGACCGAAGUUGGACAAUUGGAAGAAAAGCAUUUACGUAUUCACUACAUGACGUUACACGAAAAGGCCGAGCAACAAGCAGCAGGUCUUGAAGAUGAGUACGAUAUGGAGUUUAGUGCCACCGAUUUGGAAAUGGACAAGGCUUUGCUCAGCUUGAUUCAGCUUGCAUGCAAGGACGACAAAUUGCAACGUGUAUUGGAUUUGGCCUAUGCCCUCCAUAGUGGACGAUCCGUAGACGCUGCCAUCAAGAUUGCGACGCAUCAUAAACUUACCACACUCGCAGAGAAAAUCAUGCAGAUCAAAGAGCAAAAAUUCAUGGACAAUCACAACAAUGCUGGCACUCUUCGACGACGCUCACUAUCCAAUGAUGACGAUUACAUGAGCAAGCGACCAAGGAUCUAA